AGCAAGAGCAGCAGCAGCUGCUGCAGCAGCAGGAGGUGACGGUGGAGGCGGCGGCAGCAGCCCAGCCCAUCCCGAGCGCGCAGACCCCGGGCUGGCCGCAGCCCCGGCGUGGCCAUGGUGGAGGCGGCGCCCGCAGGGCCCGGGCCACUGCGGAGGACUUUCCUGGUCCCCGAGAUCAAGUCAUUGGACCAGUACGAUUUUUCUCGGGCCAAGGCGGCGGCGAGCCUGGCAUGGGUGUUGCGGGCCGCAUUCGGGGGAGCAGAGCACGUGCCCCCGGAGCUGUGGGAACCUUUCUACACUGACCAGUAUGCACAGGAGCACGUGAAGCCUCCUGUGACACGGCUGCUGCUGUCUGCGGAGCUCUACUGCCGAGCCUGGCGCCAGGCACUACCACAGCUUGAGCCACCUCCCAGCCCCGCUGCACUGCUGGCCCUGCUGGCCCGGAGGGGCACAGUGCCCUCACUGCCUGAGCACCCUGUGAGAGAGGCUGACCUGAGACACCAGCCCAUUCUCAUGCCCUUGCCCCCACAGGGAGCCCAUCUAGCGGUCAUCGAUGCUCUUAUGGUUGCCUUCUCCUUUGAGUGGACAAAGACAUUGCCUGGUCCCUUGGCUCUGAGCAGCUUGGAGCACAAACUUCUUUUCUGGGUAGAAACGACUGUUCGGAGGCUACAGGAAAAGACAGAGCAAGAAGCAGCCCAGCGGGUGUCACCUGUAGCCCCUACGGAUGGGGCAGCUCCUGCCCAGCCCUCGUGCCCCACACGCUGGUACUGGAAGCUGGUUCCUCACGCAAUUGCCUUCUGUUUGAAGGAGUCGGGGAACAAACCCCCUAUGAUCCGAUACCGCAAAGACCGUGCUGUCGCCCGUCGGGCCCCCUGCUUUCCAAACGUGACUACCCUCCAGGACCUAGCCACUGGGGCUGCUCUGGCUGCCACCAUCCACUGCUAUUGUCCCCAGCUUUUACGGCUUGAGGAGGUGUGUCUCAAGGACCCUAUGUCUGUGGCGGACAGCCUGUACAACCUCCAGCUGGUACAGGACUUCUGUGCCUCCCGCCUUCCCCGUGGCUGCCCACUGUCCCUGGAAGACCUGCUCUAUGUGCCACCACCCCUCAAGGUCAACCUGGUAGUGCUCCUGGCCGAGAUGUACAUGUGCUUUGAGGUUCUCAAGCCCGAAUUUGUGCAGGCCAAGGACUUGCCUGAUGGACAUGCUGCCUCUCCUCGGGGUACCGAGGGCUCGCCAUCCCGGAACAACAGUGGCAGCAGUUCUCCUGUGUUCAACUUCCGUCACCCGCUACUGUCACCUGGUGGCCCCCAAUCUCCACUCCGAGGAUCCACAGGCUCCCUGAAGUCUUCUCCAUCCAUGUCCCAUAUGGAGGCUCUUGGGAAGGCUUGGAACCGGCAGCUUAGCCGCCCCCUCUCCCAGGCUGUGUCGUUCAGCACCCCCUUUGGCCUGGACAGCGAUGUGGAUGUCGUAAUGGGAGACCCUGUCCUGCUCCGCUCCGUCAGUUCAGACAGUCUGGGUCCCCCGCGUCCAGUGUCGUCAUCGUCAUCAUCAUCCAGGAAUCCUGCUCAGUCAACCCCAGAGCCUGGAGACCUCCCCACGAUCGAAGAGGCCCUGCAGAUCAUCCAUAGUGCUGAGCCUCGGUUGCUCCCUGACGGGGCUGCUGAUGGCAGCUUCUACCUCCAUUCCCCUGAGGGGCUCUCCAAACCACCACUGGCCUCCCCCUACCCUCCCGAGGGAACCUCAAAGCCACUGUCUGAUGGGCUCACCAAAGCACCCAUUUAUGUAUCCCACCCUGAGACCCCUUCAAAACCAUCUAGCUGCCCAGCAGGGGAGGUAUCAAAAUCACUGGCCCCAUGUGAGGGGUCACCAAAAGCAGUGGCUUCAUCCCCCGCAGCCAACAACUCUGAAGUGAAGAUGACCAGUUUUGCUGAACGCAAGAAACAGCUGGUGAAGGCUGAGGCCGAGUUGGGGAUAGGGUCCCCCACAAUGACUCCAGCAGCACCCGAGGCCUUGAGUUCAGAGAUGAGCGAGCUAGGAGCCCGGCUGGAAGAGAAGCGCAGAGCCAUAGAGGCUCAGAAGCGACGCAUUGAAGCCAUCUUUGCCAAGCACCGGCAGAGGCUGGGCAAGAGUGCUUUCCUGCAGGUGCAGCCUCGGGAGGCUGCAGGGGAGGCUGAGGAGGAGGCUGAGCCAGGCUCAGUCCCCAGUGGGGAACGGCCAGCAGGUGAGGGCCAGGGUGAGCCAUCCUCAAGGCCUAAGACAGUCACCUUCUCUCCAGAGUUGGGUCCCGUGCCCCCUGAGGGACUAGGGGACUACAAUCGAGCAGUCAGUAAGCUGAGUGCCGCCUUGAGCUCUCUGCAAAGGGAUAUGCAAAGGCUCACGGACCAGCAACAGCGGCUUCUGGCCCCUCCGGAGGCCCCUGGACCUGCUCCUCCACCCGCGGCCUGGGUCAUCCCUGGACCCACCACUGGGCCUAAAGCCGCAUCCCCCAGCCCUGCCCGGCGUGCGCAAGCUGCCCGGCGCAGCUCAGGGCCAGGUCCUAGCCCUACGCCUCGUAGUCCAAAACACGCUCGGCCUGCGGAGCUGCGGCUGGCUCCCCUGACAAGGGUGCUCACACCACCCCACGAUGUAGACAGCCUACCCCACCUACGCAAGUUCUCACCAAGCCAGGUGCCUGUACAGACUCGCUCUUCCAUCCUCCUCUCUGAGGGUACACCUCCUGAGGAGGCUACAACCAGACCAGGCCUCAUCGAGAUCCCCUUAGCCAGCCUGGGAGAGCCUGCUGCUGAUGAGGAGGGAGAUGGGAGCCCCCCUGGAGCUGAGGAUUCCCUAGAGGAAGAGGCAUCUUCUGAGGGAGAGCACCGGACUGGGCUUGGAUUCUUUUAUAAGGAUGAAGACAAGCCUGAGGAUGAGAUGGCCCAAAAGCGGGCCAGCCUGCUGGAACGACAGCAAAGGCGAGCAGAGGAGGCCAGGCGGCGCAAACAAUGGCAGGAGGCUGAGAAGGAGCAGCGGAAGGAGGCUACGAGGCUUGCUCAAGAGGAGGCCCCAGGCUUGGCCCCUGCAGCCCCUGCAGGCCCCACAGCUCCAGUCAACCUGGCCCCUGCUGCCCGAGCCCCAGCCCCAGCUGAAGAGGAGGUGGGCCCACGGCGAGGUGACUUCACGAGACUUGAGUAUGAGCGCCGGGCUCAGUUGAAACUGAUGGAUGACCUUGAUAAAGUGCUACGACCCCGGGCCUCAGGGACAGGAGGACCAGGCCGAGGUGGGCGCAGGGUAACCCGGCCACGCUCUGGUUGCUGCGAUGACUCGGCCCUGGCACGAAGCCCAGCUCGUGGCCUGCUGGGCUCUCGGCUCAGCAAGGUGUAUUCCCAGUCCACGCUAUCCCUGUCCACUGUGGCCAAUGAGGCCCCCAAUAACCUUGGUGUGAAGAGGCCCACAUCUCGUGCUCCAUCUCCAUCUGGCCUCAUGUCCCCAAGCCGCCUGCCUGGCAGUCGAGAGAGAGACUGGGAAAAUGGAAGCAAUGCUUCAUCACCAGCAUCCGUGCCCGAGUACACAGGUCCCCGGCUGUACAAAGAACCUAGCGCCAAAUCUAACAAGUUCAUCAUCCACAAUGCCCUGUCACAUUGCUGCCUGGCAGGCAAGGUGAAUGAGCCACAGAAAAACCGAAUUCUGGAGGAAAUUGAGAAGAGCAAGGCCAACCACUUCCUGAUUCUCUUCCGGGACUCAAGCUGCCAGUUCCGGGCUCUCUAUACGCUAUCUGGGGAGACCGAGGAGCUGUCACGGCUGGCGGGCUACGGGCCCCGUACUGUCACUCCCGCCAUGGUUGAAGGCAUCUACAAGUACAACUCCGACCGCAAACGGUUCACCCAGAUCCCUGCCAAGACCAUGUCUAUGAGUGUGGACGCCUUCACCAUCCAGGGACACCUCUGGCAGAGCAAAAAGCCCACCACACCCAAAAAGAGUGGUGGCACCCCCAAAUAGCACUUGCCUGGCAGGUGCACUGGCUGGGUCUGUUGCAUUCGGGCCAUUGCCCUCUUGGGAGGGCAGUCUGUUGGCUAUUCCUGGGUCCUGUCUGUCCCCGGCCUUGUCUUAGGUGGGGCUGGAGUCCCCACCCCCUAACUUUUGAGUCUGGUCUUGCUGUGGGGGGCUGAGCUGGGAGGUUCAGGGACUCAGGGCUCAGUUCAGUUGCCCCCUUGUCUGUCCUCCCCACCUUCUUGAAUAAAAUAAUUGAAA